AUGGCCGAGCUGAGCGAGCAUGAAAUCCUGUGGAACACCCCGGCGCUCACGUCCCUGCGUCGCCAGCAGCUUGUUAGCCUGUCAAAGAAGUACGGCCUGAGGGCAAACGGCAAGAACACUGAAAUGGUUCAGCGGCUGCACGAAUUCGGCCUUACUCUCACACCUGACGCCAAGACUGCGUUCAACUUUGCCGCCGCGACUGCCGUAGACAACUCGAGCCCGACCAAGAUGACUGCGACCCGCGAUGACGACGAUGUGCAGCUGGCGUCUUCCCCGGUGCGCCACUCACCAACAGUGGUGACCAACACAUCCAGCCUUGAACCCCGGGUCGAGCGGAGGAUUGGGUUCCCAUCAGCGACCCCAGUUGAGGCGCCCGUCAAGCCAUCAGUCCGGUCCCCUCGAGUCCGCGAGUCCGAGACAUGGGAGCUUCUCGACACUGCCGACUCGAGCUUGAUCGAGAUGGAGAUUGACACUGGGGACGAGUCAGCAGGCAGCACCAAGUCGUGGAAGACGGCCACCAACGGCAAGGCGAUGGACGACUUCAACCCCAGCGCCAAGCCAUACGGAGAGCUCCGCACUGUUGGCUCAAUCAAGUCUUUUGCUAGCUCGAUCAAACGCAAGGCUUCGCGCACCCUCUCGGGCUCGCGCUACAAGGAUGAUGGGCCAAGUGUUGUCCCCGGUGCUCCUCCGAUAUUCCUCGCUCAUGAGAACGAGCUUGAGGAAGAGGAACAGGAGAUGCUCCCAGGAUCCCCAGCCUCUGCCAUCGGUGUUGUCAAGCGCCACUCGACCAUGUCACUCAACCAUCGUCCGAGCACCAUCCGUCUCGUGUCUCCCUCGGCCGCUCUCGUUCUGGAGGCGAUCAAGUCACCGUCGCCAGACUUCUCUCCCGCCAUCGACGACGAUCUCCCACUCACGGGACAGAACUCGAUGGAGCUCAUCAAGAAGCGCCGCUCGGUUCAGCUUCAGGCUGGUCGCUCGCCGCGCAAGUCAGUUCGCCCUUCUCCACGCAAGUCGCGCGUCCGUGCUUCCAUGCCCCUUUCGCCAGUGGGAUCCUCCUCCGCCCUUGCCACUUCCGCCUCGAUUCUGAACGUCUACCCCUCACUCCCUGACGUCGACCACCCCAUGACCCCCAUCAAGCAGGUGGCAGCGUCCCCAGAGGUCCCCGGUUCGUACCCCAAGAACCCAACCUCUCCCUCGUUUGUCUUUGGGGCCGGCAAUGGUACUACGAGCGCAGACUUUUCGGAUGCCGGCAUGAAGCUCCUGCAGGAGAUGCAGGCCAAGAUGGGUGGCGCAGGCAGUUUCAACACCGAGCUGCUCAAGGGCAAGCGUGCUGAGGUUACCAAGCUCGUGUCUGUCAACCAGCGAGUCGGCUCUGGUUCCUCAUCUGGUGGCUGGGGCCUGUCGUCCUCAGCCAACGCACCCAAGGACCGCUUCGCAGAGAUUCACCAGCGCGAGUUCUCCAAGAUGCAGUCCAUCUCCCAGCUUGGGGACAAAGCGCGCUCGACCUCUGUGGGAUCCGCCAAGGUCAAGACCGACGUGCCCAUGACUCCCGGCACCAAGCGCAAGGCUUCCAACCCAGAGCCGAUCGUCAGCCCCGGCAAGCGCAAGCUGGAAAGCAACUCUGCCUCCCUUUCCACCACGGUCAAUGGCCUCCCUGCGAAGGCACCCGAGGCCGACGGGGAGGCCCGUGGUGCCAAGCGCACCAAGGUGUCUCUUGUUCACAAGGCGUCGACUGGACUCAAGUACUUCAACUCUCUCCGUGGCGGCUCGUCUACAACUGCUCGUAAGGACACCACUCCCAACCGCAUGCGUAGCAACCUGCGCGGCAAAGAGAGCCGUCCCCGCUUCGGAUUCCUUUCCUCGAAGGCGUCUGUGCAGAGCAUCGACAGCACCACCUCGGAUGACUUUGUCAAGAUCUCUGGCCCGGAUGAGACGUCUACCAAGGGCAAAGCGCCGCAGAUUCCUUCAGUCGUCGCCACCGAGCCUACUCCUGGUACUCUGCGCCGUGCAACGGUUGUGCAGGCCAACAUGCAGAAGAGUCUUUCGAAGCGUGCGCCUAUUCCCCAGUUUGGUCCUCCCGUCACCAAGGUUCCGCUCAAGGACGCCGACGACGACACGGUCACUCGUCCCGCCCUGCGCAAGACGUCCACUCCGUCCACAGCGUCAUUGAGCCGCUCGCACCGCAGUGUGGAGCUGAACCGCACUGCAUCGGGCGAUGACCUCAAGGGCAGCUUCAAGUCAAAGGGCUUCCCCUCUACCGUCCGCGAAGGCGCUGCCACUGCUCGUGACACCCCGCCACGAUCCCUCUCGUCUCGACCAUCAACGCUGUUCGCCCCUACGGCGUCGUCCAUGGCUCGCAUGCAAGCGACGGUCAAGCCUCCUGGUGCCUCCGCAACUGCCAGCCCAAUGCCUCGCCCUCUGCCCCGUCCUCCCAAGCCUUCCGGUAUUCAGAUUACAGGUCCCCAGAUUGCCACCACGACACCAUUUGGUGCUGCCAACAGCCGCGCCAACCACCUGUUCGAGAGCAAUUUCCACCUGCCCCCCAAGGCUGGUGACAAGCCCAGUGGCCUUCCAAAGAUGACAAGCUCCCCCUCGGCCGCCUCCCUGCUGUCCCCGCGCAAGCGCCCUGCGGCGGUGACGAGCAGUCGCCCAACCAUCUCGUCGCCCAUGCGUCUUGGUACCCUCAAGUCUCCGGCUCGCGCUAGCCUUAGUGCGCAGCGUGCGCGUGAUCGCGCGUCGGGUGUCGCAGGCGUCAAGGCGCGCAACCACGAUGAUGCUGGCGUCGCCCAGCGUCGUGCAGACAUCAAGGCCAAGCACGACCGUGUCCGCGAGGAGCGCGAGCUGCGCAGCAUGCUCGGUUAA